GGCGCUGGCAGCCCCAGCUGCCGCUUUUGCCUUGCUCCAGCUCGCCUCCUGCCUGGGCUCCCGCCUGCGGCCUCCCCGCACCGACAUGCCCCAGCCGCAGCAGCAGCCCUAGCCCGCCUGCGGCCCCUUCCCCCGGCUCUCCGCGUCCUCCCAGCUCGGCUCGGGGGCUGCCAUCGCGCCUCCCCGUCCCCGAUGGGCAGCCUGCUGAGCGGGGUCAGCGUCAAGGAGCCCGCCACGGUGGAGGACUGCGACUCCACCUGGGAGACGGACUCCGAGCCCGAGCUGCAGGACCCAGGCGGGGACCAGCGGCAGCAGGAGGCGAUCGGCGGGGAAGAGCCAGCCCCGGAGCCGCCCGCCCCGCUCCCUGCCGCAAGCGCCCGGCCCGAGGACACCCGGCAGGAAGGGGAAGAGGUGGAAGGGGGCCGAGAAGCAGCAGCAGCAGCCCCCGGCCCUGAGCAGAUUGAUGAUGCAACUGAGCUGACAACGAAACCAAAGAGGAGCUUUUAUGCUGCAAGAGACUUGUACAAGUAUCGACACCAAUAUCCACAGAACUUUAAAGAUCUCCGGUAUCAAAAUGACUUGUGCAAUCUCCGAUUUUAUAAGAAUAAAAUUCCCUUUAAACCUGAUGGAGUUUACAUUGAAGAAGUCCUGAAUAAAUGGAAGGGAGACUAUGAAAAAUUGGAACAUAAUCACACUUAUAUACAGUGGCUUUUUCCACUUAGAGAACAAGGUUUGAAUUUCUAUGCUAAAGAAUUAACUACAUAUGAAAUAGAGGAAUUCAAGAAAACAAAAGAAGCAAUUAGAAGAUUCCUGUUGGCUUAUAAAAUGAUGUUGGAGUUUUUUGGAAUAAAACUAAUUGAUAAAACAGGAAAUGUAGCUCGAGCUGCUAAUUGGCAAGAAAGAUUUCAACAUUUGAAUGAGUCCCAACACAACUACUUAAGAAUCACUCGCAUUCUGAAAAGUCUUGGUGAGCUUGGAUAUGAGAGUUUCAAAUCUCCGCUUGUAAAAUUUAUUCUCCAUGAAGCUCUUGUGGAAGACACAAUUCCCAACAUUAAGCAAAGUGCUUUGGAAUAUUUUGUAUAUACCAUUAGAGACCGAAGAGAAAGGAGACAGCUCCUGCGAUUUGCUCAACAACGUUACACACCUUCAGAGCAUUUCAUCUGGGGACCACCAAGAAAACAGAAGUUGGAGGGAAACAAAACAGGUAAAAAGCCAACAUCCCCAGUUUCUUCUCACAAUAGUUAUAUUUCUAAACAUAAGAAAUGGAGAGAUUCCAAGAAUACAUCCAUAACUAGCAGCUCCAGUAGCAAAACAGCUGAAGAAAAAAAGGUAGAACUCACAAGAAAUGGAGAAAAAAACAACCAGUGUGGAACAGAAACCAACUGUGAAGCUGCUAAGCAGAGCAACAGUGAAAAGAACAGUGAUACUGAAAGUCAAAAUUCCAAAUCAGAGGAAGCUCUCAGUUUGUCUGACAAAAAGGAGAACGUUUCUCAUUCCAAAAAGGAUAAGGGAAAAGAUGGGGAAAAUCUGAGCCAAGAUUGUGGAAAUCCAACAGUUACAGACACAGAGCCAUGUGACAGUGAGAACUGUUCAAAUAAUGUGUCAGCAGAUGUGCAAGACAGCCUAGGUCAGGAUAAACCUCCAGUGGAAUCCACCAUAAAGAACAAAGAUGAGAUAAAAUCAUGAGUCCAAAUUUAAAACUAGAUAUGUUUCAUUCUGAAUGAAACAUAUAAUACAUUGUUCUUUCAUUUUGGAUGAUAUUCACAUCUAGUGUAAUGUAAGGAAGAUCAUGGGACCAGGCUGGAUAUGAAAGCAUCAGAUUAAACUUUUCAGGGGUUGAUUUUUUUUUUUUUUUAUUUUAACUCAGUUUAAAGGGCACAAUCCAAAAUGGUUUAAAAAUGUGUACAUGGUAAUUUGAAACAACUAUAUAGGAUUAAAUUCUGUACAUUCCCUUUUUCAGCUAGAUUGCUGUCUAGGUAGAAAGGAAUGCAAUUAAUUUCUGAUAUCAGUUUGUUCAUCUAUUAUUUAAAAAAUUAGAAUAUUAGAAUGUUGGUGUUUUAAGAUUUACAGGAAAAGACUGCAACAUCGAUUGCCUUUUUCAGUAUUCUGCAAAUUACUUUUAAGGGCCCAGGCCUGCCAGUGUUUGAGGUCAGUGGAAGUACCGCAUGAUAUCCAAGGGCAAAAUUAGGUACAAAGGCUUUAAUCUUAAAUGAGCAACUUUGGCUGAGACUUUCUGAACUGGAUAUCAAAAUGUUCUAUUUUGUGAAGUAUCAUUCUAAAUUAAGUAGAAGUAUAACUCAUGAUUAAACUGUACAAAAUCUUAAUAUGUACAGUCCUUGUCACAGUUGCAGGGUGAGCUGUGCUUUAGAUCUCUUUCAGUCUCUCUCCGUGUGUCCCUCUAGUGACAGGUUUUGCUUCUCCCAUCUAUUGUAUAAAAAAGAAAAGAAAUCUUGUUCUGAAUUUUCAGUUGAUGGGCUCAGGAUUGUGGGAAUGUGAAUCUAAAAAGCUUAUAGUUGCAGAAAUAUGUUCUGUUGUUGUGACACUACUUGCACAUGCAAUAAUGACCAUCCAUCCAUAUUUAGACACUU